GGAUUGUGACGACGAAACGGAGCGCUGUGGGCAGGUGCGCUGCUCAGACCGCGGCAGCACGAGAAGCAUUAGCAAGAGGCACAGCGCGAGAGGCAGCAGCGGCACCCGUCGUCGUUAUAGCUGUUUCUCUCAGUAGCGGGUUAACGAUUAACUAGCGGUUCUAACUAGCAGGGAGGGAGCCGGCAGAGGAAAAAAAGCCAUUUGAACAUGGCGAGUCUGAAGGCGUCUCGGGAGCAGCCUGAUCAGAUCGUCUCUGAGCCUGUGGAAGACACUGAUCCUAGCUGCUUUGUGUCAGAAAUGUCAUUACAAUCCAACCAUCCAGUGCAAGUCACAGAUCCCCAAGAUCAAGUGACUCUUCAGUUGAAGUCUCUGCCCCCUAGUCACAAGAGUCUUUCCUCUGACAGGAUAAGGCAGCCUGUUGACAACGGCAACAAGUACGUCUAUACGGGAACGAUUUCAGCAGACUUCUUCAAAGACCUGCAAUACUCAGACAGCCCAUGUGAGAAGUGCUACUGUUCUGCUCCACCUCCCAAGAUAAGUGACCUCAUGAAUGAUGAGGAUCUGCUCUACAUAUUGCGCCUCAAGCUAGACCCCAGCCACUGCACCAUCAAGAACUGGAAAAACUUUGCUAGCCGAUGGGGCAUGACCUACGAUGAGCUGGUGCUGCUGGAGCACAGGACCCAGGGCUCUGCCCACAGCCCUACCCAGGAAUUUUUGCGGCGCUACAAUGAGAAAAGUGUCACUGAGCUUACCGAGCUGUGCCGGAUCUACCAGCGCAUUGACGUGCUUCGUGUGCUGCAGCAGUGGGUGGAGAAGGACUGGCCAUCACGCUGGCAGAAAGCACAUUAAUCACUAUGCGAGGGGCCUCCUCACCUUCCUCCCUGUUCGGUUUCUCUUCACCAUUUCUGUUUAACUGGAGGAGGUGUAACAUUCACAGCAGCGAUGGUCCCUCUUGUGAGAUUCACAGUAGCUCUCUGGAUAGACUGACUAGGACAAACGCACAUUCUGAAGAGUUUUAUUUCACGUCAGGUGAAUAGAUAAACUCCUGAGAUGGUUACCUUCUUUUGACUUGCUUUUUUGUAUUCCGUCAUGCUUUUUAUCUGUGUUUGUCAGUUUUUACUUUUUAAAGUCUUCCUCUGUGCACCUGCUCCUCUUUGGAUCAUAUUGAUGAAACAAGUGGACAAGAAACUGCUCCUUCCCAAGAAAUAGGCUGGUGACUUGUUCAGUUUCGAAAUUCUAGGGCCGCAUUUGCCAAGCUGUUGAACUGGUGCAACAUUUGAACUUAUUGUCGGUCAAAGCAAUGAGCAACAAAACUCUGUAACUGGUGACCUUUUUUUUUUAUCUCCACCUUGACUGUAUAGUUUAAUCAGUGACUUUGGUUUUACAUU